AUGCCUCGCCCGGGCAGAAACACAUACAGCGACCAAAAACCUCCCUAUUCGUACAUCUCUCUCACGGCCAUGGCGAUCCAGAGCUGCCCCGAGAAGAUGCUGCCCCUUAGCGAGAUCUACAAAUUCAUCAUGGACCGCUUCCCGUACUACCGCGAGAAUACACAGCGAUGGCAGAACUCACUGAGGCACAACCUGUCCUUCAACGACUGUUUCAUCAAGAUCCCGCGGCGGCCGGAUCAGCCGGGCAAGGGCAGCUUCUGGGCGCUGCACCCGAACUGCGGUGACAUGUUUGAGAACGGCAGCUUUCUUCGGCGCCGCAAGCGCUUCAAGGUGCUCAUGUCGGACCCGUUAGCACCGAGCAAGCCGUCGGAAGCUGCACAUUACCUGCAGCAGCAGCAUGCCAAGCUGCGUCUGAGCGCUCUGGCCGCCACUGGAGCGCACCUGCCACAUGUGCCCGCCUACAACCUGACCACACCUCCGCCGUCCACCUUCAAACACCCGUUCGCCAUUGAGAACAUCAUCGCGCGCGAUUAUAAGGUGCCGGGCGGCCUGGCCUUUUCCACUAUGCCCUCCAUGUCUGCUGGUUACCCGUUACCCGGUCAGCUUGCCACAGCCUGGCCGCACAUGUAUGGCGCGGGAGCUCUUGAGAGCGCUGCGCCCAUUACCGUGGCAAGCGAUUACGGCGCAUACGGCGUGCCUAUCAAGUCGCUGUGCCAUGGAGCGCAGAGUUUGCCCGCCGUGCCGGUGCCCAUCAAGCCGAUGCCCCCGCACCUGCCCGCGUUUCUCUCGAACUCUCCACAGUCUCUAAGCCCCACAUCCCCUCACACGGCAACCGGCCAAAGCAGUCCGGCCAACCCUAGCGACACGCUGAGCGGCCCGGCUACUCUGCAGUCAGUCGCCGUGCACUGA